UAGGGUGUUCAUCUUUUUCUUAUUGAUUUGCCAUAGCUCUUUAUUUGAAAGACUACUCACCUUCCAUUAGCCAUAUGUAUAUAGCGAAUAUUUUCCCCCAAUCCAUUGGUUGCUUUUUCUAUUUGUUCAUGGUGCUUUUUGUGAUGCUUGUGAUGUUUUUACAUAGUCAAAUGGGUUAGUCUUUUCUUCUGUGGUUUCUAUCUCUGGUUUUGUGCUUAGAAAGUCCUUUCCCACUUGAAAAUAAGAUAAGUGUUCACCUGUGUUGGCUUUUGGUCUCCUUUAUGGCUUCAUUUUUUCCAUUAACUGCAGAGGUUAAGAGUGUGGGUACUGGAGCCAGACUGUCUGGGACAAACCCAGCCUCACCCCAAACCAUCUGUGUGAUUUUUAGCCAAGCACUCAGUCUCUCCUUAUCUCCAUUUCCUCAUAUGUGCCAUGUUGAUUCUAAUAGUACCUACCUCAAAGGGUCUUUGUGAGGAUUAAAUGUAUUAACCACGCUAAGUGUGUAGUGCAGGGCCUGACACAUGACAAGAGCCAAGAUGAACCUUAGCUAUUAAAAUGUGCCUCUUUAACGGGUCUGGAAUUCAUUUUGGGAUACGUGACGAUGAUGACAUUUCCAACCGAGCAGUGAGGAAUUGUUGAGAAAAUGGACUGAUUAUUCAGUCACCGCCCUCUUCCCCUAAUUAUCUCAGAAACCUUGGUUAAACAACCCCAUCCUCUCCCUUCCUCUCCCUCCAGUUACAAAUGCCAUAUUCAUCCCGCUAAACACACAUCCAUGUCCGAGCUUGCUAACUAUUCCGGUCCCCAGUGCCUGUUCUUGUCCCCGGGCCAUGCUGCCACGUUGCCUGUUGCUUCGCCGUACAAUGCAAUACCCAGUCGUGGGGGUUCCUUUGCAUGGCGCCCUUCCUCAUUAUCCAUUAUGUCAGGAAGCUGCAGUUCCCCCAGGCAGAGACUGGCAACUGUUCUUAUCUGGGGUGAUUCAUCCUCUCUCCCUCUCCCUCUCCCUCUCCCUCUCCCUCCUUCCUUCUCUUCCUCUCCCUCCCUCUUCUCUCCCUCUGUUUCUCCCAAUACAUCUCACUCACUCUCUCAUUCUCCUUGUCUCUUGAUCUCUAUGCAUCUCUCUGUCCCACUUCAUGUCUCUCUCUCCAUCUCUCACUAUAUCUCUUGUUCUCUCUAUCUCUAUCUCUAUCUCUAUCUCUAUCUCUAUCUCUAUCUCUAUCUCUAUCUCUAUCUUUGUAGAUGUGUGUGUAUAUGUAUCUCUGGCUCUCAGCCAGUCUCUGGAUCUCUGGAUAGAGGAGCAGUUGUCAACUCCAAGUGCCUCCUGACCCCUCCUCUUCCCUGCCCAGCACAGAAGGACAAAUUGAGGCCCAAGGCCAGGCAGGAAAGCCUCUCUCAGGGACUCUCAGAGAUCUAAUGGCAGAGCUAAGGCCACACUGCGAUCUCAGGACCCUCAGGGGGACCCUGGCUCUUUCCCCGACUGUGAACUUCAGUUUAGCCCUCAGCACCCUUGAGGGCCAAGGGGGCCUGGGCUGCCAUUGCCCCUGCUGCCUUCUCCCAGGUUGGGCCCUGACAUGAGCAGCAUGCCCUCACGAGCCUAGUGUGGGGUCCGGCAGCACGGGAGCCAGAGGAUGGUUUUGAUGGAGAGAUGGCAGCCAGUCAGUCCAUCCAUCCGUCUUUGCGUCUCCAGAGUUGACACUGGUCCCUGGGGACCUUGAGCCUGGGGCCCCGCCAGAGAGCCUGGCAAAGCUCAAGCUUUUCCUGCUGUCCCAUGAGGCCCAGGUAGAAGGCACGCCAGCCUUAACCUUCUCCUUCCAUCCCCAUUGCUGGCAGAUGGGACUGAGUUUGGGAACCUGGUCCCAGAAUGGGCAGGGAGACCGAAGCCCUACAGGUGUCCAUUUCCCAACCACUGAUAUUUCACUAAGCGGCUCACAUGCAUUUAACUUUGGAGGACAGUUACUGUCACUGGUUGUCCCAAUUUACACCGGAGCCUGAAGACAGCAAAAGGCUGGGAGCCACACAGCCCGGCCCAGGCUCGGGGAAGGCAGAGGGACUCUGCCUCCUGUGGGGCUUGGCCCGGAGGCUUAGGCUUGCUGCCAUCCCAGGCCUGUGGGCACUGGCCAGACGCUCUGUGAAGUCGGGAGCCUCCAGCCUACAGGCAGCCCCAGUGCAUUGUACACCUUGGCCUAUACGUACUGAGAAGUUGGACCCACGGACCCCACAGAGGCUAUGAAUGUGAGAUUCGCAGGGGAAGAGGUUCUUUGAGUCUGAGAAAUGACGUUCUAUGAUUUUGUGGUGCUGGGGUCCCAGGAUCUAUAGACCUGCAUGGCAUGCCUUGAACUUCCAACAUGGGAUCUCUCCACAGUCCAGUAAGAGCCAACUCUACAGAGCUCAGGGCUUGUCAUGGUGGCCAGAUGGACGUCACCCACCACAUCCGCCAGCGCCCACGUCACCCCCACGUGGGCCAAGCCGGCUCCAGGAUGGGCCAGCCAGUUCUCGGAACGAAACCCGUGGGGUGGGGUGUCUGCCCCCUUCUCUUCCUCCUUGGGGCCAGUGGAGCCCAGUGCAUCCGGCCGCCAUGACGUCAAUGGCAGAAAAAUCUGGGGAAGUUGGGGGCUGUGACAGCAGGGCCCAGAUGCAGACCCCGAUAGGAAAACAUAUUCUGGGUCCCAGAAACAUCCUGCAUGCCGCUUCUGAGAAACCCAGUCAGAAAGGGCCGCCCCAACAGACAGUGCAGGAAGCCGGCUGCCCAGCCCUCCAGGUCCCCCACCAGCAGGCAGACCAUAUCCAGGUCCCCUUUCUGAGAAAGCAUCAGUGCUUCCCUGAGUCAGGCCAUUCCGCACGUGUCUGGGGGUGGACAUUUCUUAUAAGCUCUGGCCACGUGUCCAGGCAGCUUCACAAGUGACCACAGGCCAGCCAUAGGGGCCGGGCCAUACGGAGUACAUAGGAAACAUCCACUCACUCACCAACACUGGUAUUAGUUUGCUCGGGCUGAUGUAACAAAGGAUGGCUGAGUGGCUUACACAACAGAAACGCAUCCCCUGACAGUACUGGGGGCCAAAAGUCCAAGGUGAAGGUGUUUGCAGGGCUGAUCCCUUCUGGGGGCCAUGUGAGAGAAUCUGUCGCAUGCCUGUGUCCUAGCUUCUAGUGGUGUGCUGGCCAUGUUUGGUGCUCCUCGGCUUGUAGACGCAUCACCCCACCUCUGCCUUCAUACAUUCACCCACCAGGGCUCCCCAGGCCCUAGCUCAGAGCCUGCAUAGACCUGACCUCCUGGUUCUCCCACAGUAAUACCUUAACCUCCCAAGAGACUAAGCCUUUUAUACCUGAAUUCUCACAUCCAUCUGCCUCAGCAUCUCAGUCUGACGUCCCCCAGGAGGUGGUGGCAAAGAAAGGAAUGAGAAGCUGCUCCCCCAGAACCCUCUUAGACCACCUCACCCCCCAGGGCUGUUCUCAGUAGCUAUGUGCCCAACCUAGCGCUGUGGGGGUAGGAUGAGGAGUCUGUCCCUCUCUCUCUGUCUCUCUCUCUCUGUCUCUCACACACACCCAGCAGGGGGGCCUGUGAAAUGUGCCCAUACAUUUCCCCAAGAAAGAAGUGCAGGUCUCUGGUUGCCAUGGGACUAUGGAAUUCUGCCCCUGAGCGUCCCCUUUGAUAAAAUGGGCAUCAGAUUGGGCACUCCUUUCCAGCUCUGGCUUCCUCUCUAACUGGAAUCACAGGGUCCUGAGAAAUCGAGGCCCUCCCCCUUGGAGAGUGGGGCUCAACAGAGGGACCUUGAGCCAAUUAUUGGAGGUGUUUGGGGGAUGAGGAAAAGACUAGGCCUUGUCGGGUUUGGAUAAGGGAAGAGGAGGACGGUGUUCCAAGCAGGGCAGACCACACAAGCAAAGGCUUGGGGAGCAGAGGUUGCGGUGACCGCUGAUGGGGCUGGGUAGGGGAACUCUCACAGGACCUGGCUCAGAAGAGCCAUCUCUCCUCCUCUCUGGCACCUGCCGCACCCGCUCCACGCGGGGCAGGAGCCCAGAGCUGGCCAGACUCUGGUGUCCAGCUGCCCACCCAGCAUGCCCACUCACAUAUCUAAUGCCAGACUGUCUGCAUCCGUGCACCCCUGGAUUGUCACUGCCAGCUCUGUCCCCUGUCCUGUGUUCCCUACCACAGGUAAUGUCAGCUCCGUCCUUCCAACUGCUCAGGCUAAAAUCUAGCCUUCACUUUGGCCUUCCAUCUUUCAACCUGAUGUCCAAGCUGCCAGCAACUUCUGCACCUUGAAAACAGAUUCAGACUCUCCCCACUUCUCACCAGCUUCCCUGCCCCCUUCUCAGCCUGUGCCACCCUCAUCACUUGCUCGGAUUGCUCAGUAGCCUCCUUUCUAGCCCUGCUGUCAGCUACUUCGAGUCUGUCUCCUUCAGAGCAGUCCCAUGAGUCUUUCCAGCACAUGCCCAAGGCACAGGGGUUAAAGAAUGCCUCCUUCCCUCCCCCCACCCCAGGAAGCCAGAGAGCAGCCCCAGCAGGAUCCAGCAAAGGCUGUGUGGCCUUGUGCAGUGUGCAAGGGGACCAGGAGCUGAGGCUUGCAGCCAGGGUUCAAGUCUGGGGGAACUGACCAAGACCUACUGUGGCUGUGGCGCCACAAACCAAUCACCCGUCACCUUGGCGGAAGACACAUCCACACCACGGCUGUGGCGGCAGGUGCAGGCUGGCCUGGUGCUGGACCUGUGCUCAUGGCAGAGGGACAGGGUGGGGUGUGUGUGGAUAUACAUGUGUACCUGUGUUCCUGACGCCAAUGUGUGUGUGCACGCGUGCAUAUGCACAUUACCGGAGCUGGGUGCAGCUGUGGGGACAUGCCCCAGCCAAUGUCUCCUCUGACCAAUGGGGAUGUCCACGUGCUCCAGGGGUUGGGUAUCUUGCCCCACCCCCAGCACAUAUGUAACUGCUUCCCCCUGUGUCCCUGCAGCCUACCCUCAGGCAAGAACCCAAUGCCCAACCCCAGGCCCACCAAGCCUUCGGCCCCUUCUUUGGCCCUCGGCCCAUCCCCAGGAGCUUCACCCAGCUGGAAGGCUGCACCCAAGGCCUCAGACCUGCUGGGGACGAGGGGCCCAGGGGGAACCUUCCAGGGCCGGGACCUCCGAGGCGGAGCCCAUGCCACCACCACCUCCUCCUUGAACCCCAUGCCACCGUCGCAACUGCAGCUGCCCACAGUGCCCCUAGUCAUGGUGGCACCCUCUGGGGUGCGGCUGGGCCCUUCGCCCCACUUGCAGGCACUCCUCCAGGACAGGCCACACUUCAUGCACCAGCUCUCAGCAGUGGAUGCCCACGCCCGGACCUCCGUGCUACAGGUGCGCCCGCUGGAGAGCCCAGCCAUGAUCAGCCUCCCGCCACCAACUGCCACCACCGGGGUCUUCUCCCUAAAGGCCCGGCCCGGCCUGCCACCUGCAAUCAACGUGGCCAGCCUGGAGUGGGUGUCCAGGGAGCCAGCACUGCUCUGCACCUUCCCAAGCCCUGGCGUACCCAGGAAGGACAGCACCCUUUCGGCCGCGCCGCAGGGCGCCUACCCGCUGCUGGCAAAUGGCGUGUGCAAGUGGCCCGGAUGCGAGAAGGUCUUUGAGGAGCCAGAGGACUUCCUCAAGCACUGCCAGGCAGACCAUCUCCUGGACGAGAAGGGCAGGGCGCAGUGUCUCCUCCAGAGAGAGGUGGUACAGUCUCUGGAGCAGCAGUUGGUGCUGGAGAAAGAGAAGCUGGACGCCAUGCAGGCCCACCUGGCCCGGAAAAUGUCACUGAGCAAGGAUCCAUCCGCGGCCCCAUCGGACAAGAGCUCCUGCUGCAUUGUAGCUGCUGGCACCCAGGGCAGUGCUGUGCCGGCCUGGCCCAGCCCCCAGGAAGCCUCAGACAGCCUGUUCGCUGUACGGAGGCACCUGUGGGGCAGUCAUGGCAACAGCACAUUCCCAGAGUUCUUCCACAACAUGGACUACUUCAAGUUCCACAACAUGCGGCCCCCUUUCACCUACGCCACCCUCAUCCGCUGGGCCAUCCUGGAGGCCCCAGAGAAGCAGCGGACACUCAACGAGAUCUACCACUGGUUCACUCGCAUGUUCGCCUUCUUCCGAAACCACCCUGCUACCUGGAAGAACGCCAUCCGCCACAACCUGAGCCUGCACAAGUGCUUCGUGAGAGUGGAGAGUGAGAAGGGGGCUGUGUGGACCGUGGAUGAGUUUGAGUUCCGCAAGAAAAGGAGCCAGAGGACCAGCAGGUGCUCCAACCCCACACCUGGCCCCUGACCUCAAAGCAAGGAAAGAAGGAUGGACAGACCAAAACAGGGAGGGGGGACAGAAGUGACAGGCCCUGGACAUGCCUACAGGGACCAGAAAGUGAGGGGUCCACUCUUACUUGCCAGGGCCCCUGUUCCCAUCCAGCUAACCUCCUGGAUUCCCAUCCUCUGCCCCAAGGCUGCAUAGGGGGCCCCAGCCCAGCCCCCACCCCCACCCCACCCAUGUGAGGGGCUCUCCAGCCCAAGGGUGCCUUCACAACCAGCCACAUACAACAGCCUGCCUCAGCCACUUUUACAGACGACCUCAGGACUGGGAAAGUCACAGAGACGGGUCACCCUCCCGGGUCCUGGACUCAACACAACCGCGAAAACACAAAGCCUGCCUCGGUAUACUCAGACAGGCUCAGAGCUGGACAGUCCCCCACAGAAUCACACACGAGCCAACACCCUGUUGACUCCCAUGGCCCAUGGCACACAGCCGACAGCCAGUCUCUGGGCCCACACGUCAGUGCCACACUUGGUGUGCCCAGACCCCCUUACAGAGGCAGUGUCAGCACCCUCAGGACCUCACAUUCCAGUCGCCUGCAGUUCCCAACACAUGUGCUCAUUCACAGACACAACCUGUGUAUUGUGCA